AUGGUUCCGUGCCAGGGUGUAUCCGGCACCCUGUACCCGUUCCGUUUCUGUUUUGGUAACGCGGCGACAUUAAAUAACGAGGCAUCGGCUAAGAAGUGUUCUGAUUUCUGCUCUCAGCUGGACAAGGUGUUGAAAUCGGAAUAUUUUGUUAAGCUGUUCAAAGAAUGUGACAUAUUCAUUUGGACUAUCAGAGAACCGUUCACCUACUUGGUUCUCGCGCUCUGGUCACUAUCCCUCUUCUACCUCAUCUGCGUCAUGGUUGGCAGACUGGAUGUGCUCCACAUCCGCUCACACCUGAGAUCACCAUCAUCGCACAGGAUAACGGCGCAGUCAUUGUUGGCUGCUGCGCAAGUCGGAAGGCUUGCCAAGAUAUCGUACCUUCAACCGUGA